AUGAAAUUACAAGAUGAAAACCAAAACAUUAACCCUAUGAAAACAAGUAAUGCCGAAACCAUUAUCCUUUGUGACUCUAAUGGACGAAACCUGGAUCCAAAGCUAUUAUGUCCAAACUCAACCACCGAGUAUGUGAGAUGCCCCACAAUUGAAGCUGCCAAUAAAAUCCUAAAACAACAUCAAUUUAGCAAUCCCAAGACAUUCAUAAUCCAUACAGGUACAAAUGAUAUUGAAAGAUGCUCUAUUGACAACAUCAACAACAAGACAAAAACGCUCUUGUCCUCCAUGACCUCCAUCAGACAGAGACACCCCCAAGCCCGUUUAAUCUUGUCAAGUCUUCUACCCCGUAAUGAUCACCUCCUUCAAAAGGCAAAAACACUAAAUGAUCGUCUUGAGAAGUUUACAAAUGAAUUUCCAAACACCACCAUUUUGAAACAUACAAAUCUCUUUGAAUCCACCCAAAUUCUAUAUGACAAGAAACAUCUCAAUCAUAAAGGAGUCAAGAUAUUUGCCAAAAACCUCAAAAGUGCAUAUUUUGGCACCAAACAAAAGCAUUACAGCCCAAAACCUUUAUUCCACCCACCCACUAAUAAACAGUUCACACCAAACCACCGAACACACCAACCAUAUCACCAUGUUCCACACCCUGUCAACUACAAUCAACAAUUCCCACCACUCCCAAGGAAUGGCAAUCCUAACACCUGGAAACGCCCGCUAGACAACGAAGCAAACCAUAAAGUCUCCGAGAUGAUCAAGAUUCUCCAUAGUCUAUUUCAAUAAACAAACUGUAAGUACGCAAAAGAAAC